UCGAGAAGCGGCCAGGAAGUCCGAGUGGCGGUGACUCCGCCGGUGAGGCUCUCGACUGACGGUUCUUUACUCAUGCAAUUAUUCGCCAAUUUCGCCAUACCGUGUGCACGAGGGAGAGAGCCUCAGAGAGGACAUACAGGAGGAGAGAGAGGAGAGGAAGAGGAGAAGGUCGGGAGAGUGAUGGGCGUAUUUGUGAAGCAAGGCUAAACGUGAACGCGACGUGAGGAUCUCAUCGAGCUGUGGGGUCGAACGCGGGCUGCAAUCGGUAUUGUGGUGCUCGUUUGACGCCUAUUACCAGCCGGAGAUCCGUAUUUAGGCAAUACUCUGUGUGUGUGUGUGUGUGUGUGUGUGUGUGUGUGUGAGAGAGAGAGAGAGAGAGAGAGAGAGAGAUGGCGUCACAGCAGGAGGAGAGAUCACAGGAGAUGAUGGACGUUGUUGCGCACGAGGCGGAGUUGCCCAAGGAGCAGGAUACGGCAUCGUCAGUGCUGGAGAGAGCGAAGGAGGUCACACAAUCUACGAAGGAGAAGAUCAAAGAGCUGUCGGACCAGGCAGUGGACAGCGCUAAGCAUGGAAAGGACCAGAUGGCCGAAGCAGCAGAGAAAGUCAAGGAGGCAGCGGGAGGGACAGCGUCGCAGAUGAAGGAAUCCGGGCAGCAGACUGUGGAGCAAGCCCGGGAGAGAAUGGAGGAGGUGACGGAGGCGGUGAGAGAGCGGUAUGCGAAUUUGAUUGAGUUGAGCCGAGAGACGUUGGAGAACGCGAAGGGGAAAUCUGAGGAGAUUCGGAAGGUGGCGGAGGAACGCGCGGAGCAGCUGCGGAGAGCUGCGGAAGAGACGCUGAGCUCAGGCAAGCACCGCGCGGGGGAGGUGGCGGAGGCAACGAAGCAGCGAGCGGAAGAGGUGAAAGCCGCGGGCGAGGAGGGGGCGCGGCGUGCGACGGAAAAAGUUAAGGAAAUGAAAGAGGCGACGGGGCAGAAAGCGACGGAACUGAAGGAGAAAGUGGACGAGACGAUGAAAGCCGGCGUGGAAACAGCCAAGGGCAAGAAAGACGAAGCGGCAAAGAAACUCGAAGAGGCGGAAGGCGGAGCGGCGGAAAGCGCGGCGGCGGCGAAGGAGAAGAGCGUGGGCAUUGUUGCGGAGAUGAAAGAGAAAGCCAAGUCAGCCGUCGAAACGGUGAAGGAGAAGAUCGGAAGCUUGCGCUUGGGAGGAGGAGGAGGAGACAAGGAAAGCUCGUAGGAAUGUUCGUGAGAGGAUACGUGGCUAGAACUGACUGCAGGUAUAAGGGGGACAGAGAGAAGGAAGAGAUGCGGAUGGGAGACGAAUAAGGACAUGGAUAGUUGACGUCAACUUGACGAGAAAUCACGGCUGGAAGUAACGGCUGGAAGCCAGUGAUAAAAGGUGCUUGUAGGCACUUGUAGGCAUUUGUGACAUCCCUCCAGGAGAAAAAGUCAAAAUCAAAUCCCUCCAGGGUCAAUUGAGGGAGUAGGCACUUGUAGGCAUUUGUGACAUCCCUCCAGGAAAAAAAGCUAAAAUAAAAUCCCUCCAGGGUCAAUUGAGGGAGUGCGCUGGCACUUCCUCCUCGUCUUCUAAGGAGAAAAGGAGUAAGGUCUGGCAUUGUACGGUCAUCUGCCGCAAUAUGAAGUAUGACUGAUCUGGUGCUUGCUUAGGUGAGAGUGACACUGUGUACAUAGGAAGCAGUCAGGGCAGGUCGCCCUCCUGCUGACGUAUUUUUUUGGGGCUGGGAGAGGGAGGUAUAGCGGUAAUCUGUUUGAGACAAUUGGAUUUGUUUUGUGUGUUGAAUUGGAUGCAUGAGAGAGAGAAUGGAUGUAGAAAUGUUUGGGGAGUUUCUUAGAAUGGCACCAAUGCAUGAAAUUAGAGAGAGGAUACGAAGAAAUAGGUAGAGUGGCGUAAGCAUCGUGAAGGCAUUGCCUAAGUAUCGCCAUUACCGUCAUGUCAGAGAUUUGUGCCAGGCCACUUUCUCGAUCUUCUACCGUAGGAGAAGUUCGGUAGGCUCGACCUCAUACCGUGGCAGGAGUUUUGAGGGUUGACGACGAAGCAGCGUGGUGAGAAGAUGCUGCUCUUUCGGAUUGAUUCAAAUCGAAUGGUUGUGGUUUUAAGCCUCCUUGUUGUGUCGAAAACAUACACACACGAAGGUAAGGGAUGGUGUUAAUCGUUUUGUAUGUCCAAGGAUCGAGCCCUUGCCGCUUUGUGGAAUUGAAUUGUGUGAAUGGGAAUCGAAUCAAUUGAAUGAAAUUGAACCAAAUGA